UGACACAAGCUCAUCUGAUGUACGGUGACGUAACGACAGGCUACCUGAGGAUAGCUGAGCUAGUAAACUGGAAGAAACUAGCACAUGAGUGACAGCAGCACACCAUCCUGUGGACAGAAAUGGACCAUAUGACUCCAGAGGCAAUGGGUCUUGACCCUGCCGUGCUGAGAGACCAGCUCUUCGAGCUAUGGAACCGGAAAGAUCUGCAGACGCUACAUUUGGCAGCCCUCCAGGGAUUUUCAAAGCUGUCUGAGCCUCUAGAGGCUUUGCUAACAAUCCUGGAGGGCUGUCCAGGCAAACAGAAGGGUCGGAGCCACACCCUCGGCCAGUACAUUCUCAUGGAAUUCCUGACAUGGAUGAAGGAACAUCCUCAGGUGACUCUGAGCUCCCUCUCAGAACAGCAAGCACUGGCUCUUCAGCAGCGAGCUCUGAGCUUAAUGACAGAUACCCAGCCAAACUUUGUAGACAAUCUCAUUAACAUCUACCAACUCAAUUCCCUGGACCCGGCCCCUCUCCGAUUGAGCAUUAUGAGGUUACAGGCUCUUCAUUGCUACAAAGAGGCAGCCGUGCUCAGCAUAAAGCUGAAUUUACAAAAAGAGCUGAAUAUGGAGGAGAUGUGUGUACCACUAAUCUUGCAAAAUAAGAUGACAUUGGCAGAGUCCUUCGUCACUGGCCACAAUCAUCUUGAACAACAGCUGGUCACGCUGCUGGACUCGUGGUGCCACCCCAGCUUCAGUGAGGAAGAGAUAACAAAGCGGUUCCCUCACCUCUCUGUAACCAAACACUGCAUGAAUCUGAUCCAGCCCAAAAUGCUCACCAAACAUGUCUUCAGACUCGUGGAGAAAUUCAAAAUUGAUCAAGGUCUGUGUCCCAACGCUCUGCACAAGAGGAGAUUGGACUCUUUACGUUUCCUCAUGUACAAGAGGUUUGUGGAGAAAAGCAUGACAGAUGAGAACUGGAGUGAUCAUGUACAGUACGUCGUGGCAGAUGACUUUGAGCUGCAGAUCCAGUUGGUGGAGUUGUUGUUGAAUUACUGUGGUCUUCAUAAAGCCUCUCAGUGGUCACUGAGAUACAACAUCCCUAGAAAUCGACUUCCCUGUGGCGUAUGGGAAACUCAGCAGAGUUUACCGCCUGAUCUACAACAGAUAGGUGGUUCAGCAAAAACUGAAGGGUGGAGACCAUCUCGGGCUCACUGUAAGAAGUUCUACCAGGUGCCGCUCACCAAAGACAAGGUUCAUUUUGUGGACUCGCCGGAAGCUCUACGGAGAUGUCGAGAAAUUGUGCUGAAGGAGGGUGGUAUAGUUGGAGUUGACAUGGAGUGGCAGCCCACAUUUGGCUGUAUCACAACUCAGCAGGUGGCCCUGGUACAGCUUGCAGUUUUGGACCAGGUUUUCUUAUUAGACCUUUGUGCAAAUGGUUUCUGUCAACACCCUGAUACUAUUAUUUUCAUCAGGAGCUUGUUCUCCGAAAGAAGCAUCCUUAAACUGGGUUAUGGUAUGUCAGGGGAUCUCAAGUGUCUCAUAGCCACCUGGCACCAGCUUUUAGAGGAGCCGUUGAAGAUGGAGGCGAUGCUUGAUCUUCUUAAUGUACACCAAAAGAUCCAGCGUCAAAAGGUCAAUAGGACUCAAAAUGGACCUAAAGAGGUUCUGGUAGGAAAGAACUCUGCAGAGAAAGGCCUCAGUCUGCUGGUACAACAGGUUCUGGGAAGGCCCCUAGACAAGACGGAGCAGAUGUCCAACUGGGAGAAACGGCCACUUCGCAUCAGCCAAAUUAGAUAUGCAGUGGCAGAUGCCUGCUGUUUGCUGGAUGUGUACUCUGCCCUCUCCAGCAACCCAGCUUACUUUGGGCUACCAGCGGACCUGCGCAGCAUCUCAUCAAGCCAAUCACAAAGGAGUGGCGACAAGAAGCAGAAGGAGAAAAAUGCCCAUGGCAAAGAGGAAUGUCAGGGGGCUCAAAGGGUCAGUUCCCCCCAGUCCAACACAGAGAAAGGCCUCCUGUGUGGCGAGAAGCCCUCAGAAGACACCCCCCCUCUGCACCCCCAGCAGUUGCGGGUGGUGUGUGACAACAUGCUGCAGGGACUCGGGAGGUACCUGCGCUGUUUAGGCGUCGAUGUGAUCAUGUUGGAGAGCACUGAUGAUCACAGAGUAGCGGCAAAGUUAGCACAAGCUGAAGGCCGCUUCAUUCUCACAUGUGGACAACCGUUCCAAAGUUUGAGGUCCCAGGUGGGCGAGGGUCGCUGUCUGUCCCUAGACUGUUCAGAAAAGGCCAGAGACCAGGCGGUGCGAGUCCUCAGACACUUCAACGUCCAGCUCACUCCCAGCGAUAUAUUCAGCCGCUGCCAGGCGUGUAACAGUGAUCAGUAUGCAGCGGUGCCCAGAAAGGACAUGGCCAGGAUGCUCAAACAGAAAGGAUUCCUGCAGGACCAGGACAACAUUGACCACACACAACCACAAGAAGAGGAGAAGCUUGGUGACUUUCUGACCCCGGGCGUGACCCCUGAAAUCCCCAGGUAUGUUCAGUGUCAGUGGGCCCCCCUUUCAGGGCUGGACCCCGACACCCUGACCUUUCCCGGGGGCACCGUACAGCUCCACGCCGUGCCCCCUGCCCUCCUGCCGAAGAUACCGCUAUUCUAUGUCUGCACCAGAUGUGGCAAGGUGUUCUGGGAAGGCUCCCACUUUGGCCGUGUCCUCUCCAUGUUUCAGGAUGUCUUGCACAUAACGGACGAGGACACGGAAUCAGCUGCGGCUGCACAGCAGAACUGACAUUUGUAGAGCGUCUGCAGUUUACCUGACCCUCAAAUACAUUCGUAAUAAUCAUUUACACAGUUAGCACCGUUAUCACGAAAUCCAAUUACAUUUUUUUUUUUCUAAUUGACUUGAGGGUAAUAAUAAAAGAGGGAUAAAGACUGAAUUCAUCUAACAUCACAAGAGAGACACCAACUUCAAAUCCCUUGGAAUAAUUUGGAUUUUCAGUCACCAUCAGGUUUUAAAUUCUGUCAUACCAAAAAAACAGAAGCAUUUUUUUAUCAACAGUUUUAAACCUUUUGCGUUUAUUAGAGCUUAAAGCUCAGUGAACCAAAGACGGGUCCCGCUGUGAUCGAGUUGUGACUUGGUCAUUUUUGUUGUUGAUUGUGUUCAUUGUUCUACCACAUUUUGUUGUGAUUUACGGUUAGAUCGUAUUGAGAUCAUUUGAAUUGUUCCCAACGAACUUUCCCUCACCAAGGAAUUCAUCUUUUUGUCAAACUUUAAAGUUUGUUGCUAUUUUACUUGUUCCAUUAUUUUAUUUUUCUUUGAUUUAAAGGUUGCAGUAACAUGAUGACAGGGAUCAGUUCUGUGGCCUUUUUUUAGCAGUCUGUGGUACUGUAUAUUUCCAUUCUCUGUGAUUACAUCUGUAUCAUUUUUUAUUAUUUAGCUGAAAGCUGAAUAUGCGU